UCGUGCUCGGCGCUCGCAAUAGAUUUUAGUGCAAAAGUAAUAAGUUCACUUAUACCUAUACUUCAACACUUGAAUAAAAUGUGCUCCGGGUUCCUCUCCGAGAGGCCUCCAACUUUUGUUUGGAGUCUGGCUAGAGUCUAGGAAGUCAUGUACCUGUACAGGUUUUGGUGAUAUGGCAAAAUAGACGCCAUACUUCACAACCGGGAUCCCUCUUAUAAGUUGUUCCCAAUAAUUUAAGUUCCGUUAAGAUCGGAAAUGGAUUGUGGUGAAUCAUCAUCUUGUUGAAGUGCACGUGCACCACACGGAACAAUUACCAAAACAAUUACAAUUACAAUUACCAAAACCGAAAGAACGAAGAGGAUACCCAGAAUAUACCCAUAUUAUGUAUGAUGUGUUUCAUUGCAGUGAAAAAAGAGUAAGGGUUUAGUGUAUACAAUAAGAAAAUAAAAGUUAUAGACAUCAUCAGGAUGGCUGAUGAUGCAGAGCCGGAUGGUGGUCUGACAAUUGGCAGCACUACCUUCUUGGUGAGCGACAAACUUGUUAUCAAACAAGAACCAGAAGAUCAUCAAGAUGAAGACCUUAUUUUGGAGUCAAUGGACGAGGACCCCUCAUCCGUUGCUGCUGCUAUUACCACAUAUGAGGACGGUACUGUUGUUGCUGCUGCUGCUGCUAUUACUGGUGAUACUGCUGCAGCUGCUAUUACUACUGAUACUGCUGCAGCAAUGGGUGAGGACUCUGCUGUCAUGGACGAGGGUGUUGUUACCACUACCACAGACGAAGAUGACACCACCGUUCCCAUAGUCACUGAUGCUAGUGCUGAUCUUGAGUACCAUCAAGGUCAUGUUAUCGAUGAAGAUGUUGAUGAUGAUGAUGAAGCUGACAUCGAGGAAAGUUUUGCUGACCUAACCUUUCCCGAAGAUAGCGACGUCGUCAUGCAGCGGGCAGUCUCCCCGCCAUCAUAUGUUCUUGAUUCUAGUGAAGAAAGAAUAAAGGAAUUGACUGAUUAUUACAAAGAAAAACAUAAUUUUAAGGAAGCGCAAAUUAAAUUGCAAAGUUGUGAUAAAAUUUGGGAAACACUACAGCUUAUCAAAAAUGUUCAGAAUUCUUUUUGUGAUGAUAAUGAUGAUGAUACUUCUUGUCAGUACAUUGCAUCAAAAGACUCGGCAUCACCAAACGAAUCGUCACUUCAGCCACUACUAAUCAAUGCCAGUAAAUCUGUUCCCGAUUUUAGAUUUUCAGUAAAAAGUAAAAAAAAAUUAUUUUACUGUAUUACCUGUGGAAAAGAAUUUUUCGAUAGUAUACAGUUGAAACAACAUGCUACCGAGAAACAUGGAAUUUUCGUGAAUCCAAAAAGAGUAUAUAAACCACGUGGAGAGGCCAACUUUCAAGUUGAAAAUACUCCAAUUGCAGAUAAUAGCAGUGUAAAUAAGGGUGAUUGUAAGAUAGUUGAAGAAAAUGAAUCAUUAAGUAGGACUGAAUCAACAAAUUCAGUACACAUUGAGCAUCCAGAAAAUGAAAAUUGUCCCCAGCAAACAAUUAAUGUCAAUAGUACAACGAAUAAAGUACUGGUGACUAAAGAUAUAUCCAAGGAAAGUGUAUUGAAAGAAGUUAAAAAAAAAGAAAAAAUAAAAUGUGUACUGUGUAAGAGGAUUACCACGGACAUAGUUUAUCACAUGAAAGGUUAUCAUAAAGUUGCUUGUGUUCGAUCAAUAAUAGAACAAUGCGAAAAAGUUACAACUGAUGAUAAUUACACAACUAACUCUGCAAACGCACAAAUUAAUAGCGAAGUUGUAGCUCACGAGCAAAAUAAAAGCAAUUUUUAUAACUCUACUGAAGUACCUAUAAAGAAAAAGAAAAGAAAUAAAACUUGCUGGACAAUUAAGAAGAAAAAACAUAUGCUGAUAGAUAAAAGUCUUAAGCCAUUUCAGAGAGGUCCUUUCAAGUGCAACGUUUGUCUAGGCAUCUAUAAAAAUUUAAAAACCUUUACCUACCACAAAAGUCUUCAUCGAAUAAGAGGUGAAACUCCUCAAAACUUUGAUCCCUCAAAAUGUCGAUUUUUUAAUUCUCCUCUUCGUACGUUGGCCAAAACAGUUAAUCAACCGCUCCAAAACGUUACAAGCAAUAAUCAGAGAGAAGUAAUAACACCAACAACUGAUGGUUCAUCUGAGCAUGAAGAUCCUGGAAAGACAAAUGAAGGAUCCUCUGAGGUUUCUGAAGAUUUUAACAUGGAACAAACAAAAUGUGAAUGUGGCAGGCUGUUUAGAAAUUAUCAUACGCUUUAUUUGCACAAAGUUAAAUGCAAGGGAACGAUUGAGACGAGCAAAACUGACAAGUCUUAUUCUAACAAUUCAAACAAUGAUGCUGAUUCUGGUAUUAGCAUAAGUAUAAAAAUUAAAAAAAAUAAGAACGACUCAUAUGAAGUUGUACCCAGUAAUAUGUCCUCUGAAGAUAAUUACAAAGACUUUAGAAACUCUAAGGAUAGCGAUGCGUCGUCAAAUGAUUCUGGAAUGGUUUCUGUAGACUACAAUGGUCAUAGGGCGAAUAAUUUAGAUGUACUAUCAAAGUACAGCAAGAGUCACAGCAUUUUAAGAAUUCAAGUUGCAGAAGAUGACGAAGAUGUUGAUAUUGAGGACGGGGAAGACUCGGUUAAAGUAAUACCAAAAAGUUUCAAGGAGAAAAAUGUCAAUGGUUUAAUUACAAAUGAAGAUAGCGAUAAUAUUCCAUCAUUGACAAACCUUUGCCAACAAAUAUUAUCAAAUGAAAAGCCAUUGAAUGAAGGAUCUGGUUACGAAAAUCCAUCAAUGAAUCACACAUCCAAAAUGUUACAUAAUAUAAAAAGCAACUGUCCAUGUGGUAAAAAUUUUAAAAAUUUUAAAUACUUGAACAUACACGUUAGGCGAUAUCAUCCGCUUUUACCGAGAUGCGCUUACUGCUUGACUAAUUUUGAUCGAAUAGAAAAAUACAUUGGUCAUGAAUGCAAAGUGGUUGAAGGAAAAUUGUUUAUUGAGCCGAUAAUUCAAACUCAGUGUAUUGAAUGUAAAGCUUUGGUAGAUCUUGGCGAACCAUUUGACAAGCACAUGAAAACCCAUAAUUUAGAUUCAACGACCUUUCAAUGUUUUAAAUGUGAUAUGAAAUUUGAUAACCAACAUCAAAGAAAAGCACAUUUUAAUAUAGAACAUGGAUUUUCAUUGUGUAGAAUUUGCAAUAAGCUUCUGCAUAUUGAUCAUUUAUACAGACAUGAAGCUUAUCACGAUGGCUUAGGACAUCCGUGUCAUGUUUGCAAAAAGACAUUCUCUCAAAAGGUACUUUUAAAGAAACAUAUUCAAUAUACACACGAUUCUAAUGUGAAUGAGGUUGUAAAAUGUACCGUUUGUUUAAAAAAAAUGAAACUAAGACAAUUUCAAAAGCAUUUGAGCUUUCACUUGCAUGCAGAAAUUUGUGGAAAAUGUAAUAGGUGUUUGAAUGGUCAAGAAAAAUUGGGAAAUGAAAAGGAGGAACUUGACGAUUCUAUUGAUUACACUGAUUUAAACUAUAAGGCUAGUGAUACCUCUGUAUUUUCUGAAAAACAAAACUAAUCAAAGCAAAAUAUGCGAGUUUGAAGGAAACAAAAUGUUUUCUUUAUUUGUACAAUAGGCAGUUGUAAAAAAUUUUGUUAUAUUUUUUUUCAUAAUUAAGUUUUAUUUUUGAUACAUUUGCAUAAAAUUUGAGAAAUCCAAUUCCAAACAGCAUCAAUUAUUAUUAGUUUUUGUAGAAAUGAUGAAAUUAUCUUUGCGUUUUGUUUAUUUAUACUGAUUUUUUUUCAUAUGUUGAUCAUAAUUCUAUUUGAG